CAGUGCCCAUCAGUGCCACAUCAAUGCCACCUAUCAGUGCCCAUCUGAGCUGCCUUUCAGUGUCACCCAUCAGUGCCAGUCAGUGCCACCUAUCAGUGUGCAUCAGUGCCGCCUAUCAGUGCCAUAUAUGAGUGCUGCUUUUCAGUUCCCAUCAGUGAUGCCUGUCAAUGCCCAUCAGUGCCACCUACCAGUGCCUCCUCAUCAGUGCCACCUAUCAGUGUCCAUCAGUGCAGCCUAUCAGUGCCCAUCACUGCAGCCUCAUUAGCGCACAUCACAGUGCCACCCACCUGUGCCCAGCAGUGCACCUACCUGUGCCCAGCAGUGCCCACCAGUGCCACCCAGCAGUGCCACACACCUGUGCCUAGAAGUGCCAUCUACCUGUGCCCAGCAGUGCCACCCA